UGGCAGCUGAUAUUUCCCCCAUUGAAAAUUCAGUCAAGAGCCACAGGUCAAAAUUUUACAACCCCCAACCUUGUUUUCCCCGUUCGGCCGAAGUAUUCCGGACCCUCCUGGCUCGAUCCAUGGGUUCCAUGGUCAGCUCCCUGCAGCGUCCUCCACUUUUCGUGAACAUGGACAGUGUGCAUGCGCAGUUUGUGCGCGAGACGAUCAGCAGCAACAAGGUGGUCAUCUUCAGCAAGAGCUACUGUCCCUACUGCAGCAUGGCCAAGGAGCAGUUCCGCAAGAUGAACGUGAAGGCGACGGUUGUCGAACUGGAUCAGCGGGAUGAUGGCAACGAAAUCCAGGCGGUUCUUGGCGAGAUGACGGGAUCGAGGACCGUUCCCCGGUGCUUCAUCGACGGAAAGUUCGUGGGCGGCGGUACCGAUGUGAAGCGCCUCUACGAGCAGGGCAUCCUACAGAAGUACUUCCAGUAAAAAUAUAGGGAAGGUUAUAAUUCAUGAUGAUUCUUUUAACUUUUCUUGAUCUGGCCUAAUACAAAGAUUGAAGUUGGCAUAUAAA